GAAGGCCAAAUACCCGACACGCCACGCCAGUCUAGACGUGGUCUUCGAUUAUAGGAUUUUGAGACGGACUUGUGGAUGUUUCUUUUUUUCUUUUUUACUUUUCUUUUCUCCCAUUUGUCUUAUUUGCUUCCGUUCAGAGAGCUGGAACUCGUCCUAAGAGCCUCACGCCGAUGUCCUUCGUCCGUGCUGUCUGCUCGAAGAGUUGCCUGGCUAGCCCAAUCCCUUUCCCUAUCUUGUUGACCUGUGGUGGUGUGAUUCGAGUCUGCUGACACUGAGGCGCAUAACUAGACUUUGGAUCUCCUUCCUGUUGACCUAAGCGCAAUGGAAGAUCUGCAGCGUCCUGGUAUUCAGAACCCGACACUGCAACUCUCCAGGGAAGAGAUGACAAAGUCGAGACGGUGGUUCGGAGACGACCUUCUGAUAUAUUUGCCUCGCCAUGUCCUCCCGCAGGAUCAUCGCUACGACUUCUUGGACUUGUGCCGAAUCCUACGGCGACGGACUAAUGCUCAAGAGUGCCAUGGUGAUCUACCGUUGACAGGACAGUUCCUCCCCGGCUACAUACGACAUGGUGAUGCAAAUAUAUCGUUUCCGCAGGGAGCGGGAACCCCCUUACCCCUCCAAACAGCAUUUUCCAUGCCAACCAGAAUCGUCCAUCUACUCUUAGUCUCCUUGAGAAAUCACUUCCCAGGAGACAUUUGGACGUCCACCAAAUGUGCAAUAUUCACAAGAGGCCCUUCCUCAGCUCAUGGAGAUGCAAACAACAGAACCAUGCUAGCCAUUAGCAUCAAGCGAUGCACCAAUGCCACCAGCAUCAGACUUGUCAGAGCCUGGUUCUUGACAUCCUGCAGGAAACCGAAGGGUAUGAGAGGGCAAUUGUUUGAGCUGAUCGCAGCCUAUCGCCCUCUCCAGUGCUUGCGUUUAGUUCAAACAAAAACACACCCGAGACGUGACAUCUUAUCUCACGGGAAGAGACUGGAAGACCGGAGCCGAACCAGACAUAUGCCAGCGUUUAAGCAAUGGAGAUAGCCGCCGUCGGCAUUUUUCU